CUGCCCAGGCAGAGGGGCCUGGCCUGGAGGAGCGCCUCUUCCAGCAGGUCCGGGACCACUUCAGCUUCGAGACUUGUGGCAAUGAGACCUUCCCGCAGCGGUACCUGGUCUCAGUAAAGUUCUGGAAGAAAGGAUUUGGACCCAUCUUUUUCUAUACUGGCAAUGAAGGUGACAUCUGGACUUUUGCUCGGAACUCUGACUUCAUAUUUGAAUUAGCAGAGGAACAGCAAGCACUUGUGAUUUUUGCUGAGCAUAGGUACUAUGGGAUGUCUCUGCCAUUUGGACUUGAGUCAACACAGCUGAAGAAUACUGGUCUGCUUACUGUGGAACAAGCCCUCGCUGACUAUGCAGUGCUAAUUACUGAGCUUAAGCAGCAGUAUGGUGCUGCAGACUGCCCUGUCAUUGCUUUUGGAGGCAGCUAUGGAGGAAUGCUGAGUGCGUACAUGAGGAUGAAAUACCCAAACAUCGUGGCCGGAGCAUUAGCUGCCAGUGCUCCUGUGUUGUCUGUGGCUGGGCUUGGAGACCCCACCCAGUUCUUCAGAGAUGUGACAGCAGAUUUUCAGAAGUCCAGCCCAGGCUGUGUCACAGCUGUCCGCAAAGCCUUCCAGCAGAUUAAAGAUCUGUGCCUGAGUGGAGCCUAUGAUGAAAUCAGCAGCAAAAUGGCCACAUGCAGUAAGAUCUCUAACAAGGAGGAUGUUUACCAGCUUUUUGGAUUUGCUAGAAAUGCCUUCACCAUGAUGGCUAUGAUGGACUACCCUUACAAAACUGAUUUCAUGGGUCACCUCCCUGCCAAUCCAGUGAAGGUCAGCUGUGAACAAAUCCUUGCCCACACAGACCCAAUUCAAGGCCUGGCUGCUCUUAUUGGGGUGUUUUACAACUCCUCCGGCUCGGCACAGUGUUAUGACAUAUACCAGCUGUACCAGUCCUGUGCUGACCCCACGGGCUGCGGCAUCGGCUCAGACGCUGAGGCCUGGGACUAUCAGGUUUGCACCGAGAUCAAUUUAACUUUCAACAGCAAUAACAUGACUGACAUGUUCCCUGAGAUGCCCUUCACGGAGGCCAUGCGAGAGCAGUACUGUCAGAGCAAAUGGCAUGUGAAGCCACGAGCACAGUGGCUGCGGACAAACUUUUGGGGAGGAGAUCUGAGAAGUACAAGUAACAUCAUUUUUUCAAAUGGAGACUUGGACCCGUGGGCUGGAGGUGGGAUAAAUAGAAGCCUCAGUCCUUCACUGAUUGCAUUGACCAUUAAAGGUGGUGCUCAUCACCUAGAUCUCCGAGGACACAAUCCAGCCGACCCCCCGUCCGUCACAGAGGUGCGCAAGCUCGAAGCGAGCGUCAUCAACAGCUGGGUGAAAUCUGCAGGGAUGGAAAGAGCACAGGAGAAGCGCUUGGGAGCUUCAGCAGGUGGAUGGAUGUGA